CGCCCGAAGGCCUCUAUGUUCGUGGACCCCUAAGCUUGCGGGCAAACAUGGAUUUGCAAAACUCUACACAGGAUCCUGAGACAACAGAAGAUGAUUCUCCUGUCUAUGUUGGCAGAGAAGAAGACAUUAAAAAAUCUCAAAGAAUGACAGCUAUAGUCCAUGAGAGAGAAAUUGUCAUUUUCUAUCACAAAGGAGAAUAUCAUGCUAUGGAUAUUCGAUGUUACCAUUCAGGAGGACCUUUACAUUUGGGAGAGAUAGAGGAUUUUGACGGACAGGCAUGUAUUGUUUGCCCUUGGCAUAAAUACAAAAUUACUUUGACAACAGGGGAAGGACUAUAUCAAUCUAUAAACCCUAAGGAUCCAUCAGCAGUACCCAAAUGGUGUUCCAAAGGAAUAAAGCAAAGGAUUCAUACUGUAACUGUGAAAAAUGGGUAUAUUUAUGUAACACUUAACAAGACUUCAGGUUUAAAGUGUGAUUCUGAUUUCUAUGCCACUGGACAGUUUAAAGUAAUUAAAAGACCUUCUACUCUGAAGAAAGUUCCUGAUUUUAAAAAUACAUGACAAUAAUGAAAAAAAAAUUUUCGUAUAUGUGGAAAGAAAGUAUUUUUAGGAAAUUCUACACAAAAGGCAAUAAAUAGAAUUGGCCUGGUAUGAAUGUAUCCUUUUUUUUUAAAAACAACAACAAAAUGAUAACUUGGAGAAGCAUAGACAGGAUUGUAGUAUGGAACAAAAUCUAUGAUACGUUUUUCCUAUCAGAAUACUCAUUGA